AUGGCUGAUGACAUGACGGGAGAUGAAACCAAGACUGCCGGGGCGGCUGAAGCAGGAGCCGACGCUCCGCCUGAAGGAAUGGUGGAGGGUGAACCGAAAACAGAUAACGAAAAACCCAAUGAAGAAUUGUCAGGAGAAGGAACAGGUGCAAGUGAAAUCGAAGAUUACGAGGAAGACUUGGAGGAUAUGGAUGAAGAAAGCGAGGAGGGUUCUGAGGAAGCAACGGUAGAAAUUGAACAGGAGCUUCCGAAAGAUGAUUUCCUUGAAGAAGAUAUGUGGGCAGAGAUGGAAGGUGAAUUCGAGGAUGAAGGAGAGGAAGAGGGAGAAGGGCAGGAAAUUUUUGAAGAAGAAAUAGUAGAAGAGGGGGUAGAAGAAGAAGGACCUCCAGAUCCUGCUGCCCCUUACAACUUGACCGACUCUAGUGAAGCUCUUAAGGCUCCGUUCGCGUUAAGUCCUAAUCAAUUUGCUGAAGUUCAAGAACUGUGGCAACUUUAUCAGGAUUAUACACCCGCAUACACUGAACUUGAUAACUAUGUCACCUCAGUGGAAUUAGUAUAUAUGUUAAAAGCAUUAAAUCUCAUGACGUACACUCCUGAACAGAUGCAAGAACUCAUAGAUUUCUGUGUAAGGCCACCGAAUGAAGAAGGGCAUGUCUUUUUUGAUCAUUUUGUUCAUAUGGUAACCAUACGACAAAGAGAUAUGCCCAUUGAAGAAGAUAUACGUUUAGCUCUAGAAGUAAUGGAUCCAGAAAAAACAGGACUUCUCGACCGUGAAUAUGUAAGAGAAGUUCUUGGUAACAAGGGCUACAAAAUGAAAACUGUAGAUAUGUUCAUAAAAGAGGUAGACAUGUCAAAUGAUGGUACACUGGGUAUUGAGGAUAUUGUUGGCACAGUGUGCCUCGAUUUGAAUAGAGAUGAUAUUAUAAUGUUAUAUAACAACAUUUAUCCUCCUGAAGAGAAAACUGAUAAUAUUGAUAAUCUUAUAUAA